GCGAUUUUAACUGGGGCACGAGGUGUUUGCGGCAAUUGUACAGAAUUCACUUCAGUCUACAACAGCACAAGUUCACGUAAUUCAACGUGAGCUGAAAAUGUGUGUGAUGGGAAAAACGUCUCGCAAAGAAUACUCAAGCUAGUGACGCAGUGCUAUUCCUGUGAACCCCGCAUUAGACCAUUCCAAUGGUUUCCAACCAACCUUUUUUAAGCUUAACGAUGGCAGGGUGGUGACCAAUACCUGUUUAAACCUAUUGCUGGAGAAAUUACUUGUAAGUGUCUGUUUAGAUCCUCCUACAAUUUUAGAAUUAUAAGAAUGUGAGGUGUGGAGUUCAGCAACAUUGCGUUCUGUCUGACCUGUUGAAGAGCCCUUCAUUCUGAGAUCACUCUGAAGAACCAUUUCAUCUCAGGUUGAAUAUCUUCAGGAUUGGUGAGCAACAAUGAUAUUUCUAAUCUCUGUGUGUGCGCUGCUGCCGCUGAAUAUUGUUGCUUUCAACAACAUCAGUGCAGAUCCGUGUUAUAACUAUGAACCUCUGGAUCGUCCCUGGAGAGCCACAAAUGAAAGUGGAUCAGACAUUUGUGAAGAGUUUUUCUCCUGGAGCGGCUGGUACAGACUUUUCUACAACGGCCUGGACAUCCGGAUGCCAGAGAGCUGUGUUAGUGAAUACAGCUGUAAUGCAGAGCACAGUCUGUGGCUCAAUGGUCCUCACCCAAAGAUUGAGGAUGGAGUGGUGACUAGGGAUGUCUGUGGGGUUGAAGGUUCCAGCUGCUGCGAAUACGUUUCUUUACCCAUCAAGGUCAAAGCCUGUCCAGGCAAUUACUACGUGUAUGAAUUUGUAAAAACAUCCCUAUGUUCAGGUUAUUGUAUAGAUGAGAAAACUCUAUCUGCGACAACUACAGCUACGGUUACUGCAAUCAACAUAUCUUUGCCCGCUGUAUCGAAUACAGAUGAUGACCCAUGCCUCAACUACAACAUUCUUGACGAUCAAAACAGGAGCCCAAAUGGUUUCUUCUUUGUUUAUAAUUCUAUAUAUGGAUAUGAUGACACUCGUGUUCAAUGGCAGGGCUGGUAUCGACUGUUUAUUAAUGGAUCGAAUGCUCAGAUGCCUGAGUGGUGUUUCAGCUCAAUGUCAUGUGGAGGUUUUAGUUCACUGUGGCUUGGAGGUUCACAUCCACAACUUGAUGAUGGAGUUGUUACUCGUGACAUCUACGGCUCUUAUUUCGAAGUGUGCAGUUACUACAUAUCUGAUCCUAUCCAAGUCAAAGCUUGUCCUGGAAAUUACUACGUCUACAAGCUUGUAAAGCCAAAACAACUGAUCCCAGCUCCCACAUAUUGUGCAGUUGUUAUGACCAGUCCACCAAGUGUCGAUCCCUGCUAUAGUUACAACAGUCUGGAUGAUCCAUGGAGAGCAAGCUCAUUUUUGACUGGUGAUCACAACAAUACAAGAUGUGAUAGCGACAUCCCCUUGAAUGGCUGGUACAGGCUGUUCUACAAUAAUCAGAGUGCCCAGAUGCCAGAGUCGUGUGUUAAAAGUGGUACGUGUGGCACUUUGUACCCACUUUGGCUCGACGGCCCUCACCCACUGCUAGAGGAUGGAGUGGUCACCCGAAAAGUGUGUGGUUCCCAAUGGAAUGACUGUUGUGGUAUCUCUUCUCAUCCCAUACAAGUCAAAGCCUGCCCAGGAAACUAUUAUGUGUAUGAAUUUGUCAGGCCGCUAUACUGUGCAGCUUACUGUGCUGACUUUAAGCAGGAAUUAGCGUUCAAGGUAACAACAGAGGAACUAUCAUUUACUGAAUUUCUUGGUCACUGCUCUGAGCUUAACUGCACUGAGGAUGAACGGUGUGAAGAGAAAGAUGGCAUUUACGGUUGUUCCUGCAAGAGAAAGCAUCAGACAUAUAAGUUUGACUUCACUGAAACCUGUGAAAGCAGUCAUGGCUCCAUAUCUCUGUCUCGCUGUCAGCUCUUUGAUGCUGGUUUUCCUUCUGACGUCUUGCACCUCAAUGACCCCAGCUGCAGAGGAACAGUCCGAGAUGGCCAAGUGGAGUUUUACUUUGAUAACAACGAACACAUCUGUGGCGCAAAUAUUGUGGAAAAUGGCACCCACAUCAUCUAUGACAACUUAAUUCUGGGUGAAUCUGGAACUGGGCCUGUUAUCAGCAGGACACAAUUCCUGAAGAUACAUUUCCAGUGUGUUUAUUCAUUAGAACAAACCUUCUACAUGAACAUUGACCCUCAGGGGAGCACUGUGCAAGGGAUCGUUCCUGCAGUUCAAGAGACGUAUAAGGUCAGGAUGAUCCCUUAUAAGGAUGCUGAAUUUUCUCAGCCUUUUGGUUCGAUGGUGAAUAUAAGCCUGAACGAGCAGAUUUUUGUGGAGGUUUAUGCUGAUGCGGUUGACAGUCUUCAGGUUGCUUCAGUGAUUGACAAAUGCUGGGCCACACCAAGAAACGAUUCUGAUAAUUCAGUCUUCUGGGACCUCAUUGUUGACAAGUGUCCCAAUCCAAAUAGCCAAGUGAAGGUUCUGCAGAAUGGUGUUUCCAUAUCCAGCCGUUUCUCCUUCAACAUGUCUAUCUUCACUGAAAAUGCCACUGAAGCCUACCUAUACUGCACUGUUCACCUUUGCAGUCUGACAAACAGUAACUGCUCCGUGGACUGUGGCUCUGGACGCAUCCAGAGAGAGAUCAGAUCGGUGAACUUACAGGACAAUUCCUCUGUCUCUGUGGGUCCGUUGAGGAUACACUCUAAUGUCAAAGAUAUAGAUGCCCAAAACCAAGUGCUGGUGUCCAUGGCUGCAAGUCUGUGCGCAUCUCUGAUUAUGAUAGUGGUUUCUAUAAUUAUUGUUUUCUAAUAUCUUAUUAGAUUAUACAUUAUAAUAAUCACUGGGAUAUUGGCUUUACUAUGUGUUAGAACUCUGAGAAAUGGAAUUCUGAAUUCCAAGAAAUUGAAUUCUGGAAAAAAAGGCUAGAAUUGAGAGAUAUGAACUCAAACUUAUAGUCUUUUGUGCAUUUUUAUAUUUACAUCUUGCUGCUCUGACUUCAUUUCUAACAAUGAUUUAAUUGUUUUCUCAGGAUUGUGUGAUAUUAAUGUGGUACUUUGAAAUUAUGAGAUACAACCUUGCAGUUCUGUGAAAAAAGUAUGUUUUUUUCACAGUUGUUGUGAGUUUACAUCUCAAAAUUAUGACUUUUUUAGGCCAUUCUAGAUGUUUUGAAAAAUGUAUAAAUUGUGAGAGAUAAACUCACAAUUCUGACUAUUUAUUGCAAUAGCAACUCUGACAUUUUUUUCCUUAGUUUGAGAUAACCUCUCAUUUUUAUGUCAGAAUUAUGACUUUAUAUCUUGCAAUUCUGAGUUAGUUUAAACUUUUUUAUAAUGUUAAAUGUUUA